AUGGCUAUCGUCCACCUCAUCCUUUCGCCCUGGGCCAUUGCAUUGGUACCGGUGGUUUUGGGCUUGUACUACCUGAUUCCGUAUUUUGGUACCUACGGCAAGCUUCGGGGGAUCCCUGCUCCGUUCCCGGCCCAGUUCUCGAACCUAUGGCUCCUCUAUGUCACCCGUCGUGGGAAGCGGUACUUGUGUGCAGACGAGGUGCAUGAGAAACUAGGGCCGGUUGUCCGCAUUCAGCCAAACCACGUCAGCAUAGCGGACGAUGAGGCUAUCCCAGUAAUUUACGGCCAUGGCAAUGGAUUUUUGAAGGCUGAGUUCUAUGACGCCUUUGUCUCCAUCCGCCGUGGGCUCUUCAACACCAGAGACCGGGCAGAGCACACUCGCAAGCGGAAGAUCGUGGCGCAUACCUUUGCGCCGAAGUCUGUCGGGCAAUUUGAGCCCUACAUCCACUCGAACCUGGAGACCUUUGUCAAGAAAUGGGAUGAAAUCUCCGACAAUCAACGCCAGCCGGAUGGAUACGCCCACAUUGAGUGUUUAUCAUGGUUCAAUUAUGUUGCAUUCGAUACCAUCGGUGAUCUUGCCUUUGGGUCGCCAUUUGGAAUGCUUGAGGCGGGUGCGGAUAUAGCCGAGGUUCGGUCUUCCCCAGAUGCGCCGCCUAUCUAUGCCCCUGCAGUCGAGAUUUUGAACCGCAGAGGUGAAGUCUCUGCCACGUUGGGAACCCUGCCACAACUGAAGCCCUACGCUAAAUGGCUCCCUGAUCCGUUCUUCAGCCAGGGCAUGGAGGCCGUCCAGAACCUGGCAGGUAUCGCAAUUGCUCGUGUAAAGAGCCGACUGGAAAACCCGCCGGACAUUACUCGCAAGGAUCUCCUGUCACGUCUCCAAGAAGGCCUCGAUGAGAAGGGAGAACCGCUCGGUAUCGAAGAACUCACCGCAGAGGCUUUAACCCAGCUUAUUGCUGGCUCGGAUACCACCAGUAAUUCAUCUUGUGCCUUGCUUUAUCAUGUAACCAAGACACCUGGCGUUCUGUCCAAGCUUCAAGCCGAAUUGGACUCAGCUAUUCCAGAUGGUGUAGACGUACCAUCGUAUGAGAUGGUUCGAAACCUACCGUAUCUAGAGGCAGUUAUCAACGAGACACUGCGCCACCACUCGACGUCAGGUAUCGGGCUUCCUCGCCAGAUUCCGUUCGAUUCGCAAGGUGUACACCUUAACGGCUAUUACUUUCCUCCGGGAACCGUCCUGAGCGUGCCAACCUACACGAUCCAUCAUUCUAAAGAGAUCUGGGGGCCCGAUGCCACCGAAUUUAGGCCUGAGAGAUGGGAGAAUGUGACGAACCGCCAGAAGAAUGCAUUUAUUCCUUUUAGUCACGGACCGCGUGCUUGUGUCGGAAGGAAUGUGGCUGAGAUGGAGAUGAAGAUGAUUGCAGCUUCGUGGGCACGGAGGUACGAUGUGCAGCUCAGACAAGACAUUAUGGAAACGCGUGAAGGAUUUCUGAGGAAGCCGUUGGCGCUUGAGAUCGGAUUGAAGAGGAGGACUUCUGCGAAGUAG